CUCCGCCCCUAAAUGAAGCACUCUUGGAGGAUAUGCGCUUUGCAGCAAAGUCCCCUCCUUCACUCCACACACGCUUCUAAUCCUCGGCACAUCUCCUCACAUCGCUACUAACUACACUCUAUUAAUCCUCCGUGUCAGGAUAAACUCGACUCGUCUUUGUAAAUUAUUAGGCCCGCUUAGCUUGCUAGUUAUUUUAGCGCUAGUUAGCUUAACGUGCUCGUUGUGCUCGUGAGUUUAGCUUGCAAAGAGACGCGGAUUUGAUCAACACAUCGCUAAGCAGAGAUCAAGUGUGAGUGUAAAGUGUUGUGAUUGUGUGAAAAUGUGCGAAAGAACGAUAGUAGAGUACAAAGAGGAACUUUCUCGAACAAAAGCGGAGAACAGGAGACUACGUCAACUACUGGACGCUGUUUUCAAUCAAGUUGUGUUACACAGAACAGACAUCUGCGGAGAACAUUCUCUCCCUGAGAAGCAGGAGUGGACCUUCUCUGAGGCGCCACAACCACCCCACAUUAAAGACGAGGAGCCAUACCCCCCACAUAUUAAAGAGGAGAAGGACCCACAGUCCUCUCCGUUUAAAGAAAACAAGGCACCACAGUCCCUCCGAAUUAAAAGGGAAGAGGAACAGCCCCCCCAAUAUAUAAAGGAAGAGAAGCAACAGCAUUCUCACUUAAAAACAGAAGAAGAGGAAGCACAGUCAACCCAAAUUAAAGCAGAUGAGUCACAGUCCCCUGACAUUGAGGCAGUUGAACCGCCAGAGUCCCUCCAAAUUAAAGAAGACGAUGAGGAGCCACAGCCCCCUCACUUUAAAACAGAAGAAGAGGAGCCACUGUCAACCCAAAUUAAAGUGGAUGAGUCACAGUCCCCUCACAUUGAGCAAGUUGAAGUGCCAGAGUGCCCCCAAGUUAAAGACGACGAUGAGGAGCCACAGUCUCCUCAAUUUUUAAAGGAAGAGCAACAGCCCCCUCACUUUAAAACAGAAGAAAAUGAGCCACAUGCAACCCAAAUUAAAGUGGAUGAGUCACAGUCCCCUCCCAUUGAGCAAGUUGAAGUGCCAGAGUCCCCCCAAAUUAAAGAGGAAGAUAAGGAGCCACAGCCUCCUCAAUUUGUAGAGGAAGAGCAACAGCCCCCUCACUUUAAAACAGAAGAAGAGGAGCAACAGCCCACCCAAAUUAAAGAUGAGUCACAAUCCCCUCACAUUAAAGAAGUCGAAGCGCCAAAAUCCCCCCAAAUUAAAGAGGACGAUGAGGAGCCGCAUCCUCCUCAAUUUGUAGAGGGAGAGCAACAGCCCCCUUACUUUAAAACAGAAGAAGAGGAGCCACAGCCCACCCAAAUUAAAGAUGAGUCACAAUCCCCUCACAUUGAAGAAGAUGGGGUGCCACAGCCCUCUGCGUUAAAAAGGAAGAGGUGCCACAGCCCCCACACAUUAAAAAAGAAGAAAAUUAGCCACUGCUCUAGCAUAUUAAAGAGGAAGAGGAGAAGCCUCAAAGGUGAAAGUGAGGAGAAGAGAGAGGCGGAGCCUCCAAGCAGCAGCUCAACUCAACACAUGACAACAGAAGCUGAUGGAGACCACUGUGGAGGAUCACAAGCAGACAAGAUCUUAGCUCCACUAUCAGAUAGCGACGACACAAGGUCUCACUCUCCUGACACUGAUGAUGAAGAUGAUAAGACAUGUCACACUGACAACACACACUUUAAAUGUUCUCACUGUGACAAAACGUUUAAUUACCGUAGUAAACUGAAAGUACACAUGAGAACACACACUGGAGAAAAACCCUUUUCCUGUUCAGUCUGUGGUAAAGGUUUUGCACGGAAUGAUAAUCUGAAAAUGCAUGUAAGAGUGCACACUGGAGAAAAAACAUUUUCCUGUUCAGUCUGUGGUAAAGGUUUUUUACAAAACAGUGAUCUGAAAAAACACACAAGAAUCCACACUGGAGAAAACCCCUUUUCCUGCACAGAAUGUGGUAAAGGUUUUGCGGGAAAAGGUGAGCUGAGAAGACACACAAGAAUCCACACUGGAGAAAAACCUUUUAUCUGUUCAGUCUGUGGUAAAGGUUUUGCACAAACUAAUUGUCUCAAAAUACAUACAAGAAUACACACUGGAGAAAAACCAUUUUCCUGUUCAGUCUGUGGUAAAGGUUUUUUACAAAAUAGUGAUCUGAAAUUACAUACAAGAAUCCACACUGGUGAAAAACCUUUUUCCUGUUCAGUCUGUGGUAAAGGCUUUGCACAAAAUACUCAUCUGAAAAGACAUACAAUAAUACACACUGGAGAAAACCCUUUUUCCUGUUCAGUCUGUGGUAAAGGUUUUGCGGGAAAAAGUGAUCUAAAAAUACACACAAGAAUGCACACUGGUGAAAAACACUUUUUCUGUUCAGUCUGUGGUAAAGGUUUUGCACAAAAUAGUCACCUGAAAAGUCAUAUAAGAAUUCACACUGGAGAAAACCCAUUUUCCUGUUCAGUCUGUGGUGAAGGUUUUUUACAAAAUAGUAAUCUGAAAAAACACGCAAGAAUGCACGCGGAGAAAAACUCUAUUCCUGUAGGUCUGUAGGUUUUGCACAACAAAGUCUUUUGAAAAUACACAGAAGAAUGCACACUGGAGAAAAAAUUGUUUUCCUGUCCAGUGUAGUAAAUGUUUUAUACAAAGUAAGACUCUUAAAGUACACUGGAGACAAACCAUUCACCUAGAAGGCAUUAUUGAUAAUGCAGAGCAGAAAGCACACUGGUGAAAAUCCUUUUAUCAGCUCAGUCGGCUUUAAAGGUUUCAUAGACAGUCUAACUUUGAAAAGACACACACUCAAGAGAAACCAUUUAGUUGCAGUGUGUGUGUGAUAAAAGAUUCCCUAACAAGUACCAGUGUAAGACACACAAGUGUGCGGGUGAGAAGAGCAGCAGCAAAUGAAGACGCAGGAUGUUUGGUCAUUGUUCUGUGUGUUACAAGCUUGACAAAUUGCUUUUAAUUUUUAUGUUCCAACACAUUGACCCUUGCAUGCUCAGAGCAUUUUUGAACUGUUAGCGUUGAUUCUUGUUUGGUAAAUGACAGACCAUGAGAGAUUAUCAUCACACUUCAACAUCUCUAACAUGUAAAUGUUGCCUCUUUCCUAGAUCAGCAUUGUAAAUGUAAAUAUGUUCUUCAUUGUUUUACCCUGGAUAAAUAGAUGUUAAAUAAAUACAUGUAAACUAGGAAGUAAAUGUUGAUAUACUUCAUUACCCAGAAAAGUUUGUGCUGGAGACAGGAACAGUAAGUAGAUUAGAGUUAUGUUGGAGGACAACAAUUGUGCCGUCUGAUCAAUAAA